AUGGUCACAGCACUGGCCGAGAGAAACCAGCUCGAAGAAGCUCGCAUUCUCUUCGAUCGAGCUCCUUGUCACGACGACGUGGUGUGGACUGCCAUGAUCGUGGCCUACUCCAACCACGGCCACCUCGAAGAAGCCAUGAAGAUGUUUGCACGGAUGCCACAGCGCGAUCUCGUCGCUUGGACGGCAAUGGUGGCGGCAAUUGCUUUGCACGGGAGCUUGAUCGAUGCCAGAGCCUUGUUCGACCAAAUGCCACAGCACGAUAGCGUCGCGUGGAACACGAUGCUGGGAGCUUACAUCCAGAGCAAUUGUCUCGUCCAAGCGCGGGAGCUCUUUGCGGCCAUGCCAGUGAGAGACACAGCGAACUGGAACACGAUCCUUGCCGCGAGCGCUGAAAGGGGGAAUGUCUUGCAGGCUGGGAAGAUCUUCUCCACAUUGCCUGAACGGAGCAUUGUGUUGUGGAACGCGAUGGUUUUUGGCAGCAUGGCGAUGGAGGGCGAGGCGAGAAACGAGAUAAGUUUCCAGGGAAAUCUCCUGACUUGCAACCACGGUGGCACUCGACUACUUUAG